AUGCCCAUCACCCUGGAUCUAGGUACCUAUGGAAAGCUUGCUUCUCGAAAGCAUCCGGCGCUAUCUGUCACUCGAAAGCCUGAAUCCUUUCCCUCCAAAAACAUGCUUCGACCCCGUCCUAUUCGCUGGGGCCUGGGUAAGGCUCAUCAGCGUCACGCAGAUCUGGAACCGAAACGCCAGGAGAGACGCAGACUACGCAGCGGCACAGCUGCGCAGGAUUUCCACGUGCAGCCACAUUUCUGCACUUCGCGCCUGGUCUCCUUGGUUGGCACACAUUGGUACUCGGUUAAUCGGAUCGCUUGCGGCGCGCUAUGUUUGCUCCGGGAAUCCUUGACGCUGCUACCUAGUCUUGGACGCCUUUCUCCUACCGCAGCGCCUGGUGUGGCCUCGUUCGCCAAGCGUCACGAGGCGUACUACCCCCGCUAUCCUUGGCCCCUGGGGUCAAGUUUUGCAACAGAAGCAAGACUUCGCCGACCUGUUGUAAUACCCACCUACUCUGACCUUGUCGGUCUCGACUUUACCCCUCGAUUCAGCUUCGGCUUGCAGCCGUUCGUCGCCUAUUUUCCAUAUUCAGACCCAUUCCAUCUCAGGCGGCGGUUGGUCCCGAUGUCAGCAAACAGAAUCCUUAUUGUGAGCACGAUCGUACGACCGUCCCCCGUCUUGCACUUCCUUUGCCAUCCUUCCCGUGAUACCAAGCCCGAUGGGUUCCCGUCCAACUCCUCUCUUGACCGAGUCAGCGCCGGCCUACCGGGACUUCCCCUCUUGGAGCGUCUCGUCCGGUGUCUCUCCAGGUUUCUUUCGAACCCAUCUUAUCUAGCGAUAUCCAUCUUCAAAUGCUUUGGAAACUUGCGGGGUUUUGCGGGGUUAUCUACGGCUGGAGGCAUGGCAAAUAAGAUACCGGAAGAAGACUUAGUCUAG